AUGUUCGGCCACAACCCUUACGGCGCGUAUUCACCACCCUAUCCUUCAGGAAAUUCUUAUGGUGCUCGGCCCUCCUAUCACGACGCCGACGCCGAGUACCUUCGUGCCCUUGCUGACGAGCGCGCAGCUCGCGAGCAGCUUAUUGCCGCACGGCGUGCCCAGGAAGAAGCACGUCAGCGUGCCGCCGCCGCUCACGCCCGCCAGAGCAGAGCCCCUUACUUCUCGCCUCGCCCAACUUACGUCGAGCCCGGCUAUGACAUUGACUACGAGGACCACGAUGCGUACGACGGCGGGCUCGGCGCUCUCAAUGGGCUCUACGACUACGGCGGCAUCAGCCCCUACCCGGAGUUGCGCGGACGCCGCGCGAUGAUGGGAGAGCAGCGUCGACAGACACUCGAGCGGGAGAGGGAGAGACAAAGAGAGAGGGAAAGGGAGGAGCAGCGUAUGAGGGAGGAGGUCGAGCGUGAGCAGGAGAGGCGCAAGCUCGAGGAGGAGAGAAAGGCUCUCGAGCAGGAGCGUCGCAGGCUCGAGCAGGAGGAACAGCUGAGACAGCUACUCAGACAGCGGGAGGAGGACGAGUGGAGCCGCCGUCGCAAGGCGCCGCAGCGCCCGACCCAGGGUGCAUUCGACGCGUACCCCUUCCUCCGUACUAUCUGGCCUGGGAUGGACCUUGGCGAAGAAGAAGAAGAAGAAGCGCCACGCACGGGUCGCCCAACCUUUCGCGCUCAAACCGUCUCACCCAAGCAACGACAGGUGCCUCCCUCUCAACCCACGCGGGCUCCUGUGUAUCCGAACGUAGGCGUAAACGUUUCCGGAGUGCGCUCUUCUUCCGUGCCUUCACGACAUAUCUAUGGCCAACCGUCAAGUCUCGAGUCACCCACCUCGCAGCCGUCGCCUCCCCCGCCAGCGUCCGCCAAGCAUGGGCGUGUCCCCGUGCCGAUGCCCUCGCCACGAGCGCAGGCAAAAUCUCCCGGUUCACCAUACGCGCCUUCUCCCAAGCCCGCAGAGUCGCCCAAGCCCACUCAACCUAAACCUGAACCACAGCCAACAUACACUCCCGAGGAGGAAGCGGCAGUGUCAAUGAUCCAGAACCUCUAUCGCCGGUAUAACGCUCUCAAGACGAUCGGAGAGGAGCGCGCACGAUUCGAGAAAGUGCGCGCGGGCUUUAGCUUCCCAUCGCAUCUCGACUUCGUGGUUGCCCCGCCCGAGAAAAAGGAAGGAGAGACCACAGCAAGCGCGGUGACGCCGACGCCGACCACGUCUCUCGCGCAGGCGCCGCACGUCAGCGUGCCCGUCGAUUCCACUGCCGUCUCUGCCGCACGCGCGUCGUGCACUAAAGAGGGCAUGGGAGAGGAGGAACAGGAAGAGAAGAAGCCCGCGCGUCCCGAGCUCGCAUACACCCCGGACAACGCACCGGUGCACGGGUAUCUCGAGGCGCUGAGUCGCGUGCUGAGCGCGCUGGACGCGGUGGAGAGCCGGGGCGACCGCGAGGUGAGGGAGACGAGAAAGCUGCUCGCGCGGGAGGUCGAACGCGAGGCGGAGGGCGUGGAGAAGGGAGUGAGGACGGUGUGGGAGGCGUAUGCCCAGCGCGAGCGUGAGCGGGCAAAGGCUUCUGACGAUCCGGCUGGAUCUGAACCCGAGAGGUCUGGCAUCUCCGCUUCUGAGAACGCUGAACUGACCGAAGAGCACGCAGCAGAAGUGGAGCCGGUGGACGCGGUGGACGGUCGGGCAGGCCCGUGCAUUGUGCCCGCGGACAUGGACGCGGGUGGGGAGCGCAUGGGAGUAGAGGAAGACGGAGAGCGGCUUCCGCGGAUGCGGGAGCGAGUGCUGGAGCCCGAGGGAGACGUCGGAGUGCCGAUGAUUCGGGUCGAGGACAUCAACGGGGAGCCUUUGUUCAUGGAGGGAGAGCAGAUGGAGGCGCAGCCUGAGAUGGGGGAGGAGGAGGAGGAUGUGGGCGUGGAAGGUGGGGGUGAGCCGGUGGUGGAGGUGCGGGGUGUGGGAGAGGAGGAAGGUCAAAAGAGGAUGCAAGUCGAACCCCAGCCUGAACUCGAGGAGACAAUGGCAACGGACGGUGCGACCGCGACGGUUGUCAUCCUCCCAUCUGAGCAGGAGCCACAGAUCGGACAGGUGUUCGUUGAGGUUGUGGAGGCGGUGCCGACGGCCGAGGUGGACAUCCUCGAGGGCGAGGAACCCAAGCGGGCUCGGCAAGCGAUCGUUGAGACCCAGGAGGAGGAGGUAGUGCAAGUGACGCCACUGGAGCCAAUCAUCGAGGCGCCCUCCGAAUCUGCGUCUGCAGCCGGGUCGGAGUCCUCUGAGGAGGUUGAUAUUGUGUUGAGCAUCGGUGUAUCUGAGCCUGAGGUACAAGCCGUGGCCGAGGUCGAGGAACAGCAGAAAGCAGCUGAAGGAGAGCAGCAGAAGAUAUCGGAAGAGUCGAGUUCAGAGCCAAGCCCGUAUCUGAGGCCGCUCCCGCCGUCGCCGCCUUCAGCCCUGCCGAACCUGGAGUCCCCGCGCGAGCCGACGCCGACGCCGGUGGGAGGUCCUCCCAAGCGGCGGGUACCCUCGAUCGGAGAGGUCGUCGAGCGAGCCGUGGACGAAGAACGGGCUGAAGGAGAGGUGGAUACGCCGACGCUGAGCCCGGCGCAGCAUCACGAUGCGGAGAGCUCCAGCGAUGGGGAGGGCGAGGGCGAGGGCCCGGGGACGCCGCCGCCUCCGGAGAUUGUGGCGUUUGCGAUGGACGUUGUUGUACCGGUGGGUGUGCAUGAUGGGUCGGAUGAGCGAGGGAUGGAACGAGAGCGGGUAAGGAAGGAGGGGGAGGGGGCUUUUGGGUUGGGGCAUCGGGAGUGGGGGGAGGUUGAGCAAUUCGAUUUGCUUUGA